GAUCCCAGAUCAGUGCUGACGGAUUAGUCAAAGCGGAAGUGCAGCUCUCCAGUAGUCAGCUGAUUAAAGCAUAUGAUCCUGCAGGACGGAAAAAGAAACAUUUCAUCCAUUCCGUCUGUCAUUUGAGCAAAUAUAAGCAGAAAGACAGAAUGCCUGGACGAGGGAAGUUGAUCGCCGUUAUAGGGGAUGAAGACACAUGUACCGGAUUCCUCCUCGGAGGGAUCGGAGAGCUGAACAAAAACCGAAAACCCAAUUUCUUGGUGGUGGAAAAGGACACUAGCAUCACAGAGAUAGAGGAGACCUUCAAGAGUUUCCUGGCUCGCAGAAUUUUGCAUAUUAAACAUUUAAUAGUUGAUAUGAUUGGUGAUGCUAUAGAUGCCCACAUGGAGUCAAUCCCGGCCGUUCUGGAGAUUCCUUCAAAAGAGCAUCCAUAUGACGCCUCCAAAGAUUCCAUCCUGCGCCGGGCCAAGGGCAUGUUUUCAGCAGAGGACUUCCGAUAAGCCGAUACCCCUGUGGGGUCACGGUCUGACCUGGGCAGGCGUGAGAGUAAACGAGUUUUACUUCUUGAUCUCAACCAUCUUGCUGAAGCUGGAACCCGUAUUACAAAGAUUAAAUAAUGAUGUGUUGUUAAUGUGAUGUUCUGUGAUGUGUAUUUUGCCAUUCCCAAGAUUGAAGAAGAGGAAAGUUUUUGUCAGUGCUCCUAAUAAUAAUUAAGUUAUAUAUAAUACAAUAUAAUUAUAUUAUAUAUAUAUAAAAAUGACUAAAAAGAUAUGUGCUAUUUUACCCAUUGUGUAAUAGACAUUAUAUACCACAAGAUAUUAAGUUGAAAGAAUUUAUUAUAAAUACUGUUUAUACCUUUAAUUUUUAAGUUCUUUCAUCUGAAAGCUAACAAUACUGGACUGCAAAACCACUGUUCACUUAUGGACCCCAUUUAAAUCUGUCUCAAAUAACUUUAACUGGACAUCUUUGGAUCUCUGACAUCUGUAACUGUAAUAUGAUUUAUGUUUUACUUUUUUUAAUUGUAUUGGCUGACACUUUGAGCACUGCAAAGAGCUUUACAUGGUGGGAUGUUAUUAAAAUAUGUUAACUUAUGUCUUCAGAGCUGUGACUUGCAGUUUAUUAAAAGUAAUGGAGUCUGA